GAAAAUGUGUCGGAAUGACAGCGCAAGUUCGCAGCCACGGGCUGCAACAGAGGCGUACAGUCGCAAUAAAAGCACAGGGCGUCCUCGAGAAGUGAUGAUCCAGUUCUCCAUGAGACACUACAGGGAUACGGUAUGGAAGGCGGCUAAGCAGUCACCUUUCCUGAAGUCAAGCAACCUGCGCUUUAAGGAGGACCUCUCUCCAGAGGACCGUCAGGGAAGAAACAUGCUGUGGCCACUGGUGAAAAAAGCAUGCGAAGAAGGGAAAACAGCCUUCUACAUUGGCCCAAAGCCUUCGUCAUUGACAGGGAUGGAAAAAGAAAAGAACUUGUUCCUGAUAAUGUCUAGAAGACAUUUUGAAACAAAGAGCUAA